AGUGGUAUCGCCCAUUCAUGAAUUCAACAUGGAGACGCUGAUACAGUAAAAGUCAUUGUUGUACAAUAUUGAAUCAAGCACAGAGGUAGCGACACACUCAGUGAGUGAUAUGAAUAAACUCAUGAGCUGAAAUCGAGGCUUUCGGAAGCUGCUUCUGAGAAGAAACGCAUUAAUGUCAGCUCGUGAUGCAUGAAUGUAGAAUUAUCUGCGUAGCCAAGGUUGACCGACUGUGAUAGUCACGUUUUGAUAACUUAAUGCGAGUUGUGUGUGCAACAGUAGAGCCGGAUGGAGGCUGGAUACAUCACCGGGGUGUACGGAGAGGUCAGCGGCCUCCCCACGCCUGUUUCAGCUCAUGUGAUGGAGGAGCAGCUACCAGAGGUCCGGAUCUACACGGUGACGGCAGAGUGGAGCCAGAGCGACCUGGUCCGAGGCUCCAGACUUCGCUACUCGCAGCAGUGGACUCUGAUUGCUGACAGCAACAACCACAGGAGCAUCAGGACGGUUCUGUCACCAGGAUCAUGUGCACCAGUAUCUGGAGAGUUAUUGAGUAGGCUCUCUCCCAUUCAGGGCCUGAGGGCCGUUGUCAGGGAGACAGGUAGCCAUCAGCUUCUAGAGAUAUGGGACCGCCAUGGCCUCAGAAAAUGUCUCAACCUGACUGCCUUGAACAUACAUGGCAGAGUGUAUGAUGAUGCCCAGUUUGGUUGCCUGUCGUGGUCGGAGUGUGAGAACAAAGUGCUGUAUGUAGCUGAGAAAAGCAGGAACGCAUCAGCAGAAACACCAGAUGGAGAAUCUGCCUGCAGAAAAGACAGGAGUGUGUACUGUGAGGAUUGGGGUGAGGGUCUGACCAAUAGAAGUGUCCCAGGGAUUUGUGUGGUGGAUUUACGUAACGGCGCAGUCAGCGUGCUGCAGGGUGUCCCGCUUGAUGUCUCACCUGGACAGGCUCUGUGGGCUCCCGGUAGUCAGUCUGUGUUUUUCAUUGGUUGGUACCACGAACCCUUCAGACUUGGACUGAAGUUCUGCUCCAAUCGAAGAUCAGCUUUGUUUAAACUGGAACUGAAUGGACACUGUGAAUGUCUGUCGGGGGACAGCCUCUCAGUGUCCUGUCCCAGGUUGAGUCUAGAUGGGUCCACUUUGAUCUACCUGCAGGGUAAAGUCUUUGGUCCUCACAACCAGUGCCUCAGUCUGCAGCAGCUGGACUUGGAGAGCAGGAAGACCUCCAUUCUGUUGGAUGUUGUCAACAGAUCUCAGAUUGCUGAGUUUGCAGGUGUGUAUGAAGCUUUGCCGUCCUGCUGCUGGUCUGCAGAUGGUCAGAGAGUGGUGUUCAGCAGUGCCUGCAGGAACCGGAAGGACGUCUUUAUGGUCGACAGAAGAUCAAAGAAAGUCACCUUCCUCUCUGAUAAUCUCUCUGAUCCCUCCAAAGUUUACAGCAGCUGGAAGCUGCUGACAGUCCAGAGAGACCUGAUGGUGGUCUGCUGCUCUAGCCCUAACUCUCCUCCCACCCUGAGGGUGGGAUUCCUCCCAUCGACAGGCGAGGCUGUAACCUGGAGAACUCUGCAGCAGCCUGCCACGACCUUUGACUUCCAGUGGUCAGUUCUAGAUGUUACACCUCCACCAGAGGAGGACAACACAUACUACCCUGGUUUAGAUUUUGGGGCCGUUUUGGUUAAACCGUCUUCUCUCCUGUGUGGAACUAAAACACCUCUAGUCGUCUUCAUCCACGGUGGUCCUCACUCCCAGUUCCCUGCGGAGUGGAACUGCACCACAGCUGGGUUGGUUAAACUCGGCUUCGCUGUGCUCAUGGUAAACUACCGAGGAUCCACAGGGUUCGGCCAGGACAGCAUUUUGUCCCUGAUUGGUCAGAUUGGGAGUCAGGAUGUAAAAGACGUGCAGCGAGCUGCGCUUACUGCACUGCAAGUCGACACAACCCUUGACCCAAAGCGCUUGGCUGUGAUUGGCGGCUCUCAUGGUGGCUUCCUGUCCUGUCAUCUGCUUGGUCAGUACCCAGGCUUCUAUAAAGCAUGUGCAGCCAGGAACCCUGUCAUCAAUGCUGCUACCUUACUGGGAACCAGUGAUAUAGUGGACUGGCGUUACAGCAGUGCUGGGUUUAAUUUCUCUUAUGACAACAUACCCACUGCUGAAGCCCUGGCUGCUAUGCUGCAGAAAUCACCCAUCACACAUGCUGCACAGAUCAAGGCUCCUGUGCUACUGAUGUUGGGGGCCAGAGACAGGCGAGUGUCACCUCACCAGGGACUGGAGCUUUACAAAGUGCUGAAGAGCAGAGGUUCACCUGUCAGGUUGUUGUGGUUUCCAGAAGAUGGACAUUCUCUGUCCAGGGUGGACACACUGGCCGACUGCUUCCUCAACACUGUGCUGUGGCUGCAGCAGCAUCUCUGAACACCUAAACGCAGACCCAUACAUUGUGAUGAAGCUCUUCUUCCUCUGCUAAACAGUCAGAAAAGAGCCUGCAUCCAUUUAUAUUCACUAUUUCCAGUUUAUAGCACAACACUGCCUUUCUUAAUUACACAAAACACUUUCUUUAUAUUAAAAUAUAAUUUUGUAAAGAAAAAAAGAAAAGAUUCUCAGUGAAUGCGUGUAAUAAAAUAAA